AAGAUUCUAAAAUAAACGUCAUUUUGUUAACAAACAUGUGGUUCUAGUGAACCGCAGUCUCCAUCGACAAGUGUGGAUCAUGCUACCCAAAAAAAUAAAUCUUGCUAAUGUGCAUUUCAAAAGAACAUUAAUAUUUUAGGCCUUUUUAGGUAACCCCUUCUAUCUUCUGUUUACUCCCUGUUUGUAAAAUCAAUAGACAGAGAAGUUCAUAUCACAUAACACCAUGGACAUGAAUAAUAUACUUUCACUAGAAACCGUGGCAGUUACAACAUGCGCCACGCUGCUGUUUCUCUUCCUUCUCUUUUUGCUACGUAGAAGCCAUAUUAAUACUGCUGUAGCUUUGAAGACACCACCACCACCACCAGAAGUCCGUGGAGCUUGGCCUUUGAUCGGACACCUCCACCUUCUAGGUAGCUCUCAGCCACCACACGUCACUUUAGGAAAAUUAGCCGACAAAUACGGACCCAUAUUCACCUUACGUUUGGGUGUUCAUCGAACUUUAGUUGUAAGCAGUUAUGAAAUGGCGAAACAGUGUUUUACCGUAAACGACAAAGCUUUUGCUUCACGUCCCAAAUCUUUAGCCUUUGAAGUUAUGGGUUAUAACUUUUCAAUGAUAGGUUUCAGCCCUUAUGGUUCUUAUUGGCGUACAGUACGUAAAAUCGCCACCGUCCAUGUCCUCUCCACACAACGAAUAGAUAUGCUUAAAUAUGUAAUGAAAUCAGAGGUGAAGAUAGCAAUGAAAGAGAGUUACUCGUUUUGGACAAAGGUGAAGAAGAACAAGGAUAGUUCUGAAAGGGCAAUUACGGAAAUGAAAAAAUGGUUUGGGGACAUAGCGAUUAACGUUUUGUUUAGAAUGGUAGUGGGAAAACGUUUUGAUGUUGACGAGGAAGAGAAUCGACGGAUAAGAAAAACUCUGAGGGAUUUCUUCGAUCUGGGCGGUUCGUUUGUUGUAUCUGAUGCGAUGCCGUAUUUGAGAUGGUUGGACUUGGAUGGAAAAGAGAAGGAAAUGAAGAAAAUCGCGAAAUUGUUAGAUGAGUUCGUUUGUGUUUGGCUUGAUCAACAUAAACGGAAUAGAAAAACUGCCGGCGGCGAACAUGACUUCAUGGACGUGCUCCUUUCCACCGUUGAUGAUCAAGAAUUUGACGGUUGUGAUUCCGACACCACAAUCAAAGCUACUUGUUGGACACUCAUUUUAGCAGGUACAGACACUACAGCAGCAACUUUAACUUGGACUUUAUCUUUACUUCUUAACAACCGUGAAGUUCUAAACAAAGCCAUUCAAGAAUUAGACACACAAAUCGGUAGAGAAAAGAUGAUAAUGGAAUCAGAUUUAAAUAAGUUAGAGUAUCUCCAAGCCAUUAUUAAGGAAACACUGCGUUUGUACCCACCCACACCACUAAGUUUGCCUCAUGAGUCCAUUGAAGAUUGUACUGUUGGUGGAUAUCACAUUCCAGCUGGCACGCGUCUCCUAACCAACCUCUCGAAACUUCAACGAGAUCCUACGUUAUAUUCUGAUCCAUUGGAGUUUCGACCGGAGCGAUUUCUCACAACACACAAGAAUGUUGAUGUGAAGGGCCAGCAUUUUGAGUUGAUGCCAUUUGGUGCUGGUAGAAGAAUGUGUCCGGGAAUAUCAUUUGGUCUUCAAUUAAUGCAAAUAACACUUGCUACUUUGUUGCAUGGUUUUGACAUAGUGACUCCUGAUGAAGGACAAGUUGAUAUGGCUGAACAAAAUGGACUCACCAUAAUCAAAGCCUCUCCUCUCCAAGUCAUUCUCACUCCACGCUUGUCUGCCCAAGCUUUUAGUUAAAGUUAAUGAUUGAGGAGUAACGGUGAGAGCAUCUCCGGCAAUGGUAUUCAUCAUACAAAUUUAAAUAAGUGGGGUCUAAUGUCAUUUAUCAUACAAAAUUAUACACAAAAGUAUAAAUGCAUAAGCAAUGAUUACAUGUAUCAUUAAGCAUACAAUUAGAGAUUACAAAACCUCUCUGAUUCUAUA